AUUGCUCUCCAAGAAAGGGACAACCUGUGAAGAGUGAAGACUCGAAAGCUUGGAAAACCCUUGUCUCUCUACAUCUGAAGCAAAACGGUGAAUUUCAAUGGCUUCCGCUAUGGUUGAAGACAGUAGCUUCGAAGACGACCAGCUCGCUUCGAUGUCCACUGACGACAUUGCUAGAGCUUCCCGUCUCCUUGAUAAUGAGAUUCGAAUCCUCAAGGAAGAGUUGCAGAGAACGAAUCUGGAGUUGGAAUCGUUCAAAGAAAAAAUAAAGGAGAAUCAAGAGAAGAUCAAGCUCAACAAGCAGCUACCCUACCUUGUUGGGAACAUCGUUGAGAUUUUGGAAAUGAACCCAGAAGAUGAAGCUGAAGAAGAUGGCGCUAACGUUGAUCUUGACUCUCAAAGAAAAGGAAAAUGUGUUGUGUUGAAAACCUCUACACGCCAGACGAUCUUUUUGCCUGUUGUUGGCCUUGUUGACCCUGAUAAGCUGAAACCUGGUGACUUGGUUGGGGUGAAUAAAGAUAGCUACCUGAUCUUGGACACUCUUCCGUCUGAAUAUGAUUCUCGAGUAAAGGCUAUGGAAGUCGAUGAAAAGCCAACUGAAGAUUACAAUGACAUUGGGGGUCUGGAGAAGCAGAUCCAGGAACUCGUUGAGGCAAUUGUUCUGCCCAUGACUCACAAAGAGCGAUUCCAGAAACUAGGAAUUCGGCCACCCAAGGGAGUGCUUUUGUAUGGGCCUCCAGGGACUGGCAAAACAUUAAUGGCUCGUGCUUGUGCUGCACAGACAAAUGCCACUUUUCUGAAGCUAGCCGGUCCACAACUUGUCCAGAUGUUCAUAGGGGAUGGUGCAAAACUUGUUCGAGAUGCAUUCCAGCUUGCAAAAGAGAAAUCCCCAUGUAUCAUUUUCAUUGAUGAAAUUGAUGCCAUUGGCACGAAGCGUUUUGAUAGUGAGGUGAGUGGAGAUAGAGAAGUGCAGCGAACAAUGUUGGAAUUGCUCAAUCAGCUUGAUGGUUUUAGUAGUGAUGACCGUAUAAAGGUCAUAGCAGCAACAAACAGGGCUGAUAUCCUGGAUCCUGCUCUCAUGCGUUCUGGUCGUUUAGACCGAAAAAUUGAGUUCCCUCAUCCUUCUGAAGAUGCAAGAGCAAGAAUUUUGCAGAUCCAUUCAAGGAAAAUGAAUGUACACCCAGAUGUAAAUUUUGAGGAACUGGCUCGUUCAACAGAUGAUUUCAAUGGAGCACAGCUGAAAGCUGUUUGUGUGGAGGCAGGCAUGUUAGCUCUCCGUCGAGAUGCAACUGAGGUGAUCCACGAAGACUUCAAUGAAGGUAUUAUUCAAGUACAGGCCAAAAAGAAAUCCAGUUUAAACUAUUAUGCAUAAGUUCACGUUUGUUCUCUAUCAAGAGGAUCAUGACCGAGGCCCCAUUUGCUUCGCCAUAUUUGCAUGAAUCUAGUUAUUGUUUCUGUGUACGACUAUCACUAUGAAGAGUAUCUUGUCAGAAAAGAAUGCAUACCCUUCGCUUCAAUUGUGCUUCUUCUGUACUCACUGAGGAUAAAAUUUUAAUUGUGAGGCAUGCUCAGAAAAGAAUUGUCAAAUUUCAACCUAAAUCAGUUUUUGUGGCAA